GCCGCCUCUGGCGCUGCCUGUUGCAACCCGAGUGGCUGCGCGACGCUCGCCGUCGCCGCUGCCCGGCGCUGAGCUCGCGCGUGUGAGAUCAGCGUGCUGACGCGGGCAAAGCGCCGUCACCAGCCGGCGGCCAGCUCGGCAUUCGCGGCGGGAGGUGGAGGCGGCCGGCGGCGAGCGGCGCCGUCAAGUUGCCGCUGGUCAUGCUCUGGCGCUGCCGCUGCUUCGCGCAUCCCCGCUGCCCUUGCCCUCCAACCACAUCCCACCACAGCAAGCAAACAAGCAUGAGCAGCACAAACAUCAACGUCGUCUUUGGCUGCAUGACCUUCGGCGCCGCAGGCAAGGAGCAGGCGCGCGUGCACGAUGUGCAGACGUGCCAGGCCAUUCUCGACGUGUUCAAGAAGCACGGCCACCGCGAAUUAGACUCCGCACGCAUGUACGGCGCCGGCACCUCCGAAGUCUUCCUCUCCCAGAUGGGCGUCGCGAAGCAGGGCUUCCAGGUGGCGACGAAGAACUUUCCAAACGCGCGGUUCAAGGGCAUGGUGCCGUUUGAGAAGGAGUACGACCACGGCACGGAGGGCAUUCAUCGCUGCCUGCACGACUCGCUCGAGGCACUCAAGAUGGACGCCGUCGACCUGUACUACCUGCACGCCCCCGACCGCGAGACGCCCUUCGAAGAGACACUCGCUGCCAUCGAUGCCGAGUAUCGCGCGGGCAAGUUUAAGCGCUUCGGCAUCUCCAACUACACGGCCGACGAGGUGCGCGAGAUCUGCAGGCUGUGCGACGAGCAUGCGUGGGUCAAGCCGAGCGUGUAUCAGGGCCUGUACAACUGCCUCGCUCGCACGGCCGAAGCUCCGCUGUUCCCCGUGCUGCGUGAGCACGGCAUCAGCUUCUACGGCUAUAACCCGCUGCUCGGCGGUCUGGCGUCGGGCAAGUAUGAGCGCGAGAGCGCCGGCUCCGAGCAGCAGGCCAGCAUCGAGAAGGGCUCGCGCUUCGACAAGAAUGCGCGCCAGGGCCAAAUGUACCGCGCGCGCUACUUCAAGGAGGCCUACUUUGACGCCAUCGAUCUGCUCAAGCGCGCCGCAGAGACGCACGGCCUCACGCUGCCCGAGACGGUGCUGCGCUGGGUGCAGCAUCACUCCAUCUUGAAGCCCGACUUUGGCGACGCUACCAUCAUCGGCGCCUCGUCGCUCAACCACAUCGAGCAAAAUCUGCUCGACUUUGAAAAAGGCCCGCUGCCCGCCGAGCUGGUGCAGAGCAUCGACGAGGCAUGGGCCAUCGUCGAGCAGAGCGACGCCAAGCCCAAGUACCACUUCUAGGCGCCGCCCCCCCCCCCCCCCUUUGUUCAGCGCCACUCGCAGAUGCAUCGAUGGACGAGCCCCAGGACGUAAUGUGCGAGCGAAUAGAGAUUGCGAUGGCGGCAAGGCCAGAGAGGCGGCUGAUGUAAAGUACAGGACGGGCUUCGGGAGUGACGAUUGAUCGAGCAGA